CGAAGGCACAGGGGUAAUCUCGUCAACUCGUGAGGAAGUUCACGGGCAGAUGCGAAAGUUCCAAGUCCCAACCAGACCGGCGACGGACGACGCCUCGGUCUCCACGCCGCCGCCGCCGCCGUGUGGCUGACUUGACCAAUCUCGAGGCUCUCUCUCCCCCCAUCACGGAAAGGGCUUCCGGCUCCGCACGACCACGAGGCCUCGAUCCGCACGACCACGAGGCCUCGAUCCGCGCGUCCCCGCACGAUGAGGCUCGUGGCUGUCCUGGUCGCCGCGGCGGCCCUCCUCGCGGCCGCCGCCGCGCACGAGCACCACGGCGAGGCGCCCACGUGCUCCGGCGGCAGCGCGCGCGUGCUCGCGGAGUUCCGCCCCGGGGAGGUGACCGUGGACGGGCACAGCGACGACUGGGACGGCGUGGAGGCCUCGGAGUUCGCGCUGCUGCCGGCGCUCGACCCAGACGAAGACAAGGCCUACUCCGGCGGCAAGGUUGCCGUCAAGGCUGUGCAUGAUGGCGUCAACGUCUUCUUCAUGCUGCAGGUUGAUGGGGCUUACGCUUACAGUAAAGGGAAAAGUAGCAAGUGCCCUUCUGUUGCUCUGAUGUUCCAAGUUGGAGAUAAUGCCACAUACUACAAUAUGGGAGGAUGCAAAGAUAUGCCAGGUUCUUGCACAAGUAAAAGUUGUAGAGGUCAUGAGGUUGACAUUAUGCACUUUGAAAUUGGAAAUGCUAUUCCUGGACGUCUUUAUGGUGGCAAUCACAUAGAUAAUGCUGCUGGAAAUGGAGGCGACAGAUUUGGUCACCUUGUUGAUGUCUAUGCAUGGAAUCCACAUUGCCGAUACCUUGAUGGACUGGGCCCUAAAGAGAACAAUUCAAAUGCUCAAAACGAUUGGCAUGGGGCUUGGUGGCACAGUUCACUGACCGUCCAUUCAGGCUUUGUUGAUGAUGAUAAUCCUUAUGGAAAACAAGAUGAGAAGGGCACAUAUUAUUUUGAGUUCUCGAGACCCUUAAGAACAAUGGAUCAAUUUCAGCAGGAUGCACAGUUCACAAUAGGCCAGCCCAGCAAUAUGGCCGUAGCCUUCUGGUACCCAACCGACGGCAAAGAAUGGAGCGAUUCGGAGCAUUACUCAUCCAGCUGCAACUGGUUGAUUUUGGAUAUACAGCCUUCGUCGGAAGCUACAUAUUACCGCCCUGCUCCUAAUCGCUCUUGGGAUGCUGUGACUGGCUUUGCUCUGCUCCUUUCGGUGGUCACUGCCGCACUUGCUGCCGCGGGGGAGAGCGGCGGCUCCAAUGCGAGGGACUCCGACCCGGCCACCGACGGCGAGGGGGAGGUACCGGAGGCCGACGCGAACGAGGCGGUGGAUUUGGGGGACGGGACCGCGGGCUACAGCAGCAGCGACGAGGAGAGCGAUGAUGGCCUCCACAUCGUCCUCAACGAGGACGCCGGCGCGCCGCCUCCUGUGGGCCGCGGCGAGGGGUGCGUGGCUGAGGGUGAGGAUGGGGAGGAUUCGGGCAGCCGGAUGAAGGUUUCAUCUGUUGAAGAAGGCGGCUGGGCAACGGUUGGUGGCCUCCAGUGCCAGGGACUUCUUGAGAAAACUACAUUACCUAUCAUGGGGCAAGUGGAUCGAGAUCGCCAGCAUGUGUUCCAACGUGAUUAUAAGUUAUUCUUGCCAAGAAAUAGCACAAUUUUCGACAUAGACAUUGAAGCAUUGCAACAGAAGCCUUGGAGACAACAAGGAGUGGAUCUUACUGAUUACUUCAAUUUUAAUCUGGAUGAAGAAGGCUGGAGAAAAUAUUGGUGCAGCAUGAAGCAAUUAAGGUUAGGGACCAGAUCACUUGCAAAUGAAACAUCAGGACUGGAUCAAGAAUCGUACAAACUGAAAUCUGUUAAAGCAAUGCCAAAGGCAGCAAAUUAUUCUGGAUUUGAAGGAAGAAAUAGCCUUGCCAAGCCAAAGGGUAGAGCAAUCCAUGUUGAAGGUAGUGCGCAUGAGCGUGUUCCGUCAGCAGACUUAUGGCGUCCAAUACAAAGGGAUUCGGAUGUUGUGAUUCAAGUAAACAUGACGCUUUCACCCUCAAAUCAGUCCACUUCGGAUGACAGCUCAAAGUUAAAUCAUAAGUGUGUGACUACUGAAAGAAGAUUGAAGGGCUCUAGCUUUGUGGUAGACAGGGUGGUUGAGAAGGAAGUGCAUGAUGGAGAUUCCUCAGAGUUUAGUGGCAGCAAACUGGAUAGAAGAGAUUCAUCUUGUGCGAGGGCCCAAUCUUUUAGUCCUGAUUAUUCUGAUACGCUUUCUGGGGAAUCAAAAGAAGAUUUCUAUUUCAAGAGAGCCAAUAGACAUUCAGAUUCCAGGGACUUCUUUGAAGACACCAAACUUCAGGAUGAGCAUGUCAAAUCUGACUUUUACCGCCAUUCAAGUAAGUCGGACAGAGAAAACAGCGAAAGUCGCAGUCGUAGUUAUACCCCUUCCCCUGCUGAUGAUAGAAAUCACAAGGCAACUAAACUUUUUCAGAGGGGUGAAGCUCCUUUUGAUGGACGAGGCAAGUCCAGUGAUUUUUUUGUUGAGUGCAAUAGUGAUCACGACCUCGUGAAAUCUGGACGUAAUGCAAGGAAAGAACUGAAGAGACAAAGUGUAGAUGGCGGAAGGUAUGCUAUCUUUGUUGAAAAAGAAAAAUCAACAGAUAGGUAUCCUAGUAGGUAUGGUAGGGAGUAUGAGAAGAGAAGAUCUAGCUUAUCUUCCCUGAGGACCAACUAUCACAAUGCAGGUCACAAUCAAAUUUAUGAGAAGCAAGGUUAUUCUCAUCUGGAAAGAGUAGGUGUGAAAAAUGACAAGCAUUACUUUAGCAAUGAGUCUAAUCACCACCAUAGGCGAUCUUCUUCACAUGAAAUCAAUGAUGGAGAGGAUGUUGAGAAGUGCUUCUCUUCAGCCAAGGAGUGGCAGCAACAUCAUGACCAUGCAUACCAAUCAAUGCUAAAUGCUGAUAUGUCUGAUGCUGAUGAUGGACAGAUGUACAGAGAAAGGUAUUGUCAGGAAAAGAGAAGAGCCAGGCACGACCAUAGCGUGGAUGGCGAAUUUCCCCAUUACACUGACUACGGAUUUUGCGAACGGCAGAGUCCUGAGGUCAGAGGCAGAUACAGAGACAAAGGAAGAUUUGCCAAAAGCAAUGAUGAGCAUUUCAGACAUGCUAACCAUCUUGAGUUGUAUCCUAGCCGAAAGAAUUCUGAGAGGGACUGGCCUGCUGCUGGCUUCCCUUUUCAAAACUCAAGAAACAUAUGUAUCGAUAACAAAAGAAUCCACAAUGCUAAGAUGGUACAUUAUCAUCGUGAUGGGUAUCAUCAAAAGAACAAUGGCAACAUUCCUCGAUCUGCUUUGUGCAGUGACACAGUUGCUGAAGCUGAACGUUUUAUUCUGCCAGUUAAGAGGAAGCUUCAUGCUGAUCUGGGUUCCAUGAACCAAAAAUGUCUUGCUGAUUUGUCACUUCUGAAAGGAAGAAGAUUGGUGCAUGACCAAUCUAUACUCAGCGAUAGAAGGAUUUAUGCUUUGAGGCUGCAUAAGUUUACAGAUGAAAUUGAUACAAAAGCCAUUUGUAAUUCUGAUGAUAUGAGAAAUAGUAAUACUGUUUCAAACAUUUGUAUUGGGAGAAGACAUGAGCUGGAGAACGCUGAUAACAUCCUCUUGAAUGAUAGGAAAAUAAAGUUUGAGAGGCGAGGCAAUGAGUUAAGGCGUGUAAUUGAAGAUGACCAAAAGGGAUGUAUUCCUGUGGCCAAGGAUUUGCACAGUUCCAAACAGCAGCAUGUACAUCAGAAUGCGCGGAAACAGAGUAUGGGCUACCAUCACUUGGGCAAUCAGGAUUUGAAGAAAUCAGCGCACCAAAAUCGGCAAAAUGAAGAAGAUGGGGAGAUUGAGGAGGGAGAACUGAUCGAACAGGACCAUCAGGAUAUCAUUUCUACAAGCAAGCUUAAACCAAGAAAAGUUGUACUGAAAUCAGUUAUUGAAACAAGUUCAGCAGAGCAGCCUCAGGUGAAUGAUGCGAUGGCAAAAGAUGCUGUCUGCACCAACGGAGCUACAAGAGAAUGUGAUAAACACAUACUUGAGAUAAUGGAAAAGAUGCAAAAAAGAAGGGAAAGGUUCAAAGAGGCUAUUGCUCCAAAAAAAGAUGAUGGUGACAAGAAAGAGCUAUCGGCUGUAGCAUGUAGUACGGAUCGUAUCCAGAAUCAGCGACCUCUGAGGAAAAGGCGUUGGGGUGGUAAUAGUUAGAUGCUGGAAAUAUCUUGAGAGCUUGUCCAUGAUGGUUUCUUCAUCAAGAUAUUCCUGCCUAUGAUGCUCAAAUUCUUAUAUUGUUACUUUUGUUUAUUCUGAUGGUUGGGCUAGGGAAACAAAAUAUAGGAAGCAUUACUUGAUGUUAUUUUUAUAGUAUAGUAUCUUUCAUAGUUUCAGAGUAAUAAGUUUCACAAGGCAAUCAUACUUCACAAUGUAAUGCGUUUGUACUGGGGUGCAUUCACCAUUGAGGGGUGAUUUACUAUCCCCUGGGUUUUUUAAGCUUACACUUAUGCAUGCAGGCAAA